AUGGCAAACGAGCCCGCGAGCGAAAUGCCCGAGCAAUCACUCACAGCGCCGGCCACCACCGACUCCAAUCCCACUGCAGAAGCCUCAAAUCCAAUCCCUGAGCUCUCUACCUACAUCGCGACUGAUCCAGACGAAGUUCUUUCUGCUCACCGUUUGAUCGCAGACAGCGUCGCGCAACAACGCCAACUCGCCGCACGAGCCAUCAUCUUUCACCCGGUUUGGGUCGGAGCCAUGCUCGCGGUCUUCGCCAUCGUCUACAAGUGGUUAUACCAUGACUCGUCUGAUUUGCCCUUGAUCGGAACCACGGGCGCGGGAUGCGUGAUGGCCGGGUUGACGCUGGUGCGCUUGUGGACGGGUGGAUAUAUCGAACACGCUGAACAUGUGGGCACGAGGGCGUGGCUGGAGGGGGCAGAGGAAAGUGGCGGCGACAAGCAGGAGAUUCUCGUCACCAAGUUUGGCGAGAAGAUCAUCGGGGCACUGGUGGUCAAGGGUGUCCAGGAAGGUCGCAAGGUGCACGGAGUGAUUCGGGCGUGGACGGUGACGCAGAGGUAUCGUGGCAAGGGAGUGGGAUCUGGGUUGCUCGAGGAGGCGAUGCUGGUUUGUCAGAAGAGACGGUGGAAGGGGCCUGAGUUUGACGAGGAGCAUGCGAAUGCGAAGAAGUUGUUGCCCUCGCUAUUUAACGGGCCGUUUGAGAGACGGGAGCGACGGGCUAGGGGGGCCUUGGAGAACCUGGUGAAAAAGAAGUAG